CCUUGUGUCUUCUAAGCUUUAGCUCGUGCCGGGGAUGUGACCGGGACUGAGGGAGCCCCGUGAGCAUGGAGACCGUGGUGAUUGUUGCCAUAGGCGUGCUGGCCACCGUCUUCCUGGCCUCGUUUGCAGCCUUGGUGGUGGUUUGCAGGCAGCGUUACUGCCGGCCCCGGGACCUGCUGCAGCGCUACGAUUCCAAGCCCAUCGUGGACCUCAUCGGCGCCAUGGAGACCCAGUCUGAGCCCUCUGAGUUAGAACUGGACGACGUUGUCAUCACCAACCCCCACAUUGAGGCCAUCCUGGAGAAAGAAGAUUGGAUCGAGGAUGCCUCGGGUCUCAUGUCCCACUGCAUUGCCAUCUUGAAGAUCUGUCACACACUGACUGAAAAACUUGUUGCCAUGACAAUGGGCUCUGGGGCCAAGAUGAAGACGUCAGCCAGUGUCAGCGACAUCAUCGUGGUGGCCAAGCGGAUCAGUCCCAGAGUGGACGAUGUUGUGAAAUCGAUGUACCCUCCGCUGGACCCGAAACUCCUGGAUGCACGGACAACCGCCCUGCUUCUGUCUGUCAGUCAUCUGGUGCUGGUGACCAGGAAUGCCUGCCACCUGACUGGGGGCCUGGAUUGGGUUGACCAGUCGCUGUCAGCUGCUGAGGAGCACUUGGAAGUCCUUCGAGAAGCAGCCCUGGCUUCUGAGCCAGAGAAAGGCAAGGGAACCAAAGCCUAGAGAGAUCAAUGACUUCUGGAGUCUUGAAGAAUCAGAACGGGAAUUUCAGCUCCCCAGCUUGUGUUCAUCCCCACCACUCCUGCCCGCCAGGGGGCGGUGGGGGGGGAAAUCUACAGUGAGGGGAAGGAAACAGCAGUUAGAGUCAGUCCAUUCCUUCUGGUUCUACUAUGUUUCAUUUAAAAAAAAAAAAGAUGGUUCUGACCAAUAAGUUAAUUUCAUGGCCAAUAGUCAGUUACAACACAUAGGGUGAUGGAACAUGGGCAGUAAAAUGAGGGCUGGGGCAUGGGUGAGGUAUUCUCUCUCCAUCCAAAAUGACUUUAAUUUGUUCCGUUUUAAGUAAAACGUGCGUUUACGGGAAUAGUCACAAAAAUUUAUGGUGCAAAAUGGAAUAAUUAAUUUAUUACAUGAUUGAUUAGUCUGAGUCAUCUGUGGAGCAUCCACAUUGGACUAACCCUGGAGUAUAUUGGCAUGAAUAAAAAUAUAAUGCCUCUCUUGAGACACAUAUAACCUAAGGUGGAAAGAAACCCAUAAAGAGUGAUUUGCGAUACAAUACAGUAAGUGCUAAGUAAGGGAAUGCGUGGGUAACGAGAUCACAGAGCAGGGGCACCAAACCCUGCUCAGGAGAGUUUCCAGAAAGCCGGAUGCCUCAGAACUGUCCAGGAGGCGUAAGUGUUAGGUAGGAAGGGGACAGGGGACCCAGGAAGGGCAACUGUGCAGUGUGACCUUCCACACUGGGCACAUGUCAGGUGGGAGGUGAAGUGGUGGGAGAGGACGGUGGGGACUAGACCCAGGACUUUUCCUCCAGGUGGUAGGGAGCUAUUAAAAGUUGAAAAAGCUCUUAUUUUCUCUUGGAAAACUAUCAAAUAAUCUUCUGCACCCUCACCAGUCUUUAAUGUUAUCCUAAUUGGAUAGGUGCACAAUGACUUGGCAUUAUGUUAAUUUGCAUUAACCUGACUACUGGCGAAGUUAAACAUUUCUCAUGUGUUUAUUAGCUCUAUGUACUUAUUCAUGUCCUUUGCCCAUUUUUUCUACUGGGACUGUAAUAUGUUUCUUGUCGAUCUAUAUGAGCUCUUCAUAUAUUACAGAUAGCAACCCAUUUGUCAUAUCUAUGGCACAUAUUUUCCCCAGCCUUGUUAUUUGCGUUUUAGUUUUGUUUAGGAUGUUUCUGACGGCCAGCAGUUUUUAUUUUGGUGCAGUCAAAUGUAUUGAUUUUCUUUCCCUUGGUGAUGUCUUCCGUUGCUUUUAUGAUUAGAAAAUCCUCUCUCAUCCAGAGAUCAAAUAAAUAUCAUUGAAAUGUUUGGAG